AUGCGUUCGGGUCGUUUGGGAUCGGGGCUGGCGGCCCUGUUCGGACUGGGGAGUGUGGCGGUGGUGGGCGUCGCGGGACUGUCGGACGCACCGACGGUAGACAAUUUCAUCCGCAGAGGCACUCAAUCAGCGACCGUUAUCGGCAACUAUGUCUACAUCGAUGGUGGAGAGAUUUCGCAGUAUUCGGAUGGAACGGCGAUCCUGGGUCGGACAUCAAACCAAGUAAACUCCACAUUAUCCAUCGAUCUCUCCAAGUCAUGGACCACAUCGGACGUCGCUUUCAAGAUCAUAGAACGACCGUGGUGGUCGAAAGCCUGCCAAGCGAUCUGGACGAACCACGACGAAGGGACCUUCUACGUAUGGGGCGGGAAGUGGAUAUGGGGCAUGAACAUGACGGAGAACCAGCUAUGGAAGUUCACGCCUGAUGGCAACGGGGGCGGGGGAUGGGCUGUCGAGGAGCCGACGAACGCAAACCUGUUCAAAGGCCUUCACCAAUCCGAGUUCGGGGCGUACGCAAGUUCCAACGACACGGGCUUUUACAUCGGCGGGAUAGCAUCGGGCUGGACCGAGUUGUACCGAGCGCGCAACCAAGUGCUCCCGGGCAUGGUGACGUACGAUAUGAAGAGCAAGGUCUGGGACAACGGCACCACGGCGUUCAGUCCUUUCACCACCCUGGCCGGCGCGGCGGCCCACUACAUCCCAACGUUUGGGCCGAACGGCUUGGUCAUGGUCUUCGGCGGCAGCUCUCACUCGGUCGUGGGCGAACCGGACUGGUCGGCGGCGAGAUCCUGGGACUUCCGUAACCUGACGUUCUUCGACCCGCGGAGCAAGAAGCAGUACUGGCAGGCCACUACCGGCGACAUCCCUCCCGACGCCCCGAGGGCCUUCUUUUGCGUUGCCGGCUUCCCAAACUCGGACGGCGGCUACGAGAUCUUCCUUUCCGGGGGGUCGAACCAACGCACUCAGGUGCAAUACCAGGACGCCUACGUUCUCAGCCUGCCCGGCUUCGUAUGGAGGAAGGCGGCCGAUUCGCCAGGCGGCGCCCGUUCGUGGCACAAUUGUCUGUCUGUGGGCAAGCGACAAGUGCUGAGCAUCGGCGGCUGGACCGGCGACUGGACAAAAAAGGAUGCAUAUGCGCAGGGCUUGAAGCUGUUUGACAUGACCGAGAUGACGUGGAAGGACUCGUACGACGCCACCGUGGCCAUGUAUGAGAGGAAUGCGGAUCUCAAGUCGUGGUACACCAAUGGGUAA